CCAGGCUCCAAACGUUGGUUAUUACAAAGCUUUGCCUCUCAUGACGAAUUUUCUUGUUCCUAUAAUUGCAGCAUAACAUUAAUUGCUACUGUACAUUUCUUGUGGAAUUACCUUAAUAUACGAUAUACGACAUACCUUUGUAUACGUCAAGGGCACGGAAGCAAGUCUAAUGAAGCCAAUAAAAGUGUGGCUUACCCCCCCGGGCCCUAACCCAUGGAAAGUCAUUUUCCUUUUAGAGGAGCUUGGGGUAGCUUAUGAAAUCGAGUCAUUUCGUUUCGAUGACGUGAAGAAACGCCCUUUCAUAGAUAUUAACCCUAACGGUCGAGUGCCAGCCAUACAGGACCCGAAUACUGGUCUUACUCUGUGGGAAUCAGGCGCAAUUUAUCAGUAUUUGGUCAAGCAGUAUGACCAACGCAAGAACCUAUCAUACGGGACACUCGAAGAAAAACACAAAUGCAACCAAUGGUUACAUUUCCAAAUGAGCGGCCAAGGCCCUUACUACGGUCAAUGCGGUUGGUUUCAGCAUUUGCACGCCGAGAAGGUUUCGUCUGCUCUUGAGAGAUACUCGAAAGAGAUUCGUCGCAUUCUGGGCGUUCUAGAGGGCGUGUUAGCCGCAAAAUCAACCGCCGCGCAAUGGCUAGUUGGCGAUAAAAUGACGUUUGCAGACAUGGCAUUUGUGCCAUGGAAUGACCGACUCACCGAGGUGUUGAUGUUAUCGUGGGAAGAAAUCUGGGAUGGAGUGCCGCAUGUCCACGCUUGGCACGAAAGCAUGACCAAUCUUCCGUCUUGGAAACAAGUUACGAAAAUUCGCAGCCGUUUGAUGGAUGAGCAAAACUUGCAGUGGAACGGCUUCCCCAAGGGAGUUGAGACGUUUUCUGAGUAUGAGACAAUUAUAAGCAGAUCUAAAGAGAAGACUCAGUAGCUCUCUCAUGUCUGUCUCACCUUGCCGAAAGUCUUUGCAUAUUUAUACAAGUUAGACUAUAGUUAAGAUAGAAAAAAAAGGAGUAGCAAUAAGCACAAUGGGCCGUGGACUUUCAUUCUAUACCACCCUUACUAGGGUCAUCUUCACAGAGGUCUGCCAGGUAUGGGUGCUGUGUCAAGCAACCGGUCUUCCGCGUUCGGCGCAAAUACCUGCCCACCAAGAAGAGGUACAUGUUACGAACGUGACAUAACGGCCGGCCCAACGGGCCUGGCGCUUGGAAGAUGCCUUCUUAUGUCACCACAGGACCCCGCGGUUACGUGACUGCGUGGAUCGCCUGGGUCGUCAGCGAUCAUGGCGACCCGUAGGAAAAGGAUAGCUAGGAUCGCUAGCGAUCCUAGCAAUCGCGAAGAGAUGGUCUAGUAUAUAAACCGUAGAUAGUCAGGUAGGCCUAGGACAGAUCUUCAGUGAUCAAUCUAAGCAAUUACUUAUUAAUUGAGGAUAACUCCUUAACGACCGCUUAACCACCUCUUUGUUACUACUGCUCUUGGAC